UGGAAUACUUUGGGGGCAGUGAAAUGCAAGGAUUAUGUCUUUGUGUGUAGCAAUUAUGAACAGGAAAUGGUUUGUAGUUAAUAAGAAUAAUGAUAUGCUUUGUCGUAAUAAGCGUUCUCUAAUAAUGGGGGUUAUGUCCUAAUAUAUACAAAUCGUCUAACAACCAAUCAGAGAAGAGCAGUUAAAGAUAGAUACUUAGUGUCUAAGGAAAUGGUGGAGUGUAGUCGCACUUAUAAACUGCCAAAGUUCUGUAAUUGUGACGUAUAGUGACAAGGUUGUAAAAGGGCUUGCUGUAACCAUUGUCUGGUGCAGUAGCUGAAAAUUCACGGCGCAUUUCUGAACAUCACAUCGUGUAUAUUUGUUGAUAUAAGGAAGUCUGUUCUAACGUGUGUAUAAACCUGUCCUGUUUCGCUUUUGUUAAAAUUGGUUAUCAGACAUCACUCGUCAACUGUGGUUAAAGGCGCUACUAUAUUCACUGUUUAGCAUAGAAGAUAGAAGCGGAAAAUCAAAGUGAAAUUUCUAUCAAAAGAUCGUUUUCAGUUGUUGAUUUAAAGAUUGAACGUGUUUUAACGUGGUCCUAUUUUACUGACUUCUGGAAAUUCCCUGUCAGGAGUUGCAAUCAAAAUACCUGGUUCUCUAUUAAAGUUCUCCAUUGGUUCUCUUUCAAGGAAUCUUUGCGAGGACGUGCAGUAUAUCUGUGUUAAUUACUGUCGGAUUGUGCAAUUGGGUUUUGUACCUGUUAAGUGGGCCACAGCUACCUAGGUUACGGCUAAGUUUAGGACAAAUUAAAAGUUGAAACUGUAUCUAUACUGAGAAGAUGUCUCUAAAAGAUGAAAAGAUAUCAUUUUCGGAUCAGAUCAGUUCAAGGCUUCAUCGUUGGGUUCAGAGAACAACGAGUAAAGUUAGAAACGAGAAGGAACGUGGUCAAAGUGUGACAGUCACUCGCGAGGAAAACGAAGAUGUUAUUAAAGGCGGCGAAGUGGAUAUCAAGAAAUGUUCUCCGCGUGAAAAUUUUGCAAAGAGAUCUCGGGAAUCACGAUCUUAUGAAGAAUUGGAAAAGGCUUUGAAGGAUUUAAUAAACAAUUGUGUUACGAGCAGUUCUGUUGUACAAGAAAGGAGUUUGACAACACAUGACAAUACAAAUAUUAAUAUCACCAGGGAAAAUAACAAUAACACGCAACUCGCGCCAACUACAAACACAAAUAAUGAUUUUGGCACUGAAUUUAAUGAUCAAUUUGCAGCAAGCAAGAAUGUCGAGAAAGUUGAGUCACCAUCCGGUAGCGACAGUCUGCAGGAAACGCAGAAGAAAAGUUUAGGAACAAGCACCGAGUCGCACUCACGAACAAAUAAUGUUGACGCUCCCCCACAGUGUCAAAGCAAACAAAAUGACGUCGAUGAAAAAUUGACAGAAGGAAAAGGGAAAGAAAGUUUGGGAAUCCAGAAUGAAAACGACACGAGCUUGUUUUCUUCAGAGAAACAAGAAGGAACGAGCGAACAUGAAAAGAGGUGUAAUGACGAUUUUAAUAAUUUUUCAAAACCUGACAAUUGUGAGAUUAAUAUAUCAUUGAGUAAUGUCAAUAGAGGAUUAAACACGCCAAUUGAUAGAUCAAGUUUGAAAACACCUAGUUCUCAAAGCUUAGCAAGGAAGCCGCCAUUAAGACGUAUACAGUCGGAAGGCGAUGCUCUGGAAUUAAAACUUUGCUUCAAGAAUAAUGACGUUACGGAAUUUGCUGCAACCUGUAUCAGACAUGCGCAAAAGAAACGUUUCUCAGACACCACUCCUGAUCGAUCAGUAGGUAACACUUGUAUGUUGAGCAAGAAUAAUUCUGAUGACGUUUUGGCGCCAAAUGGUAAAGGAAGUGCGGGCAUGCUAGAACAUGCACAAACUAUUCCGGAAAUAACUUUAGAUGAACUAGACAGCAAAACUCGCACUAAAACAGAACAAAUUCCUCUAUCUGACCGUCCUAGCUCACUUAGUUUUCCUUUAGAGACUCUAAUAGGCAAGAAUAAUGCCAGUUCUUUCAAGAAUAUCAUUUCUAGACGUUCUCCGUCCAGUCCUCCACGGUCAGUUCCCAGUCCUCCACGGUCAGUUCCCAGUUCUUCACUGUCAGCUCCCAGUUCUUCACGGUCAACUCCAAGCCCGAAGUUUCGUAGGUUUCCAUGCCAACCGGUAUUUUACGUGCCAAGCGAGUCACGACCAGUUACGAACAGCACCCGAAGUGGGUCAAUUGGAGAACAGUCGAAAGAGUAUUUAAUUUAGAAAAUAAUGUCGUUGCAUAAAUUAGCAUAUUUAUCAUGACUUUACUACAUAAAUUAGCAUAAAUAAUCAUGAAGUUCACAUAAAUUUACAAAAAUAAUCAUGAUAUAUAUUAAUUCAAGAAAAGCUAGAUCUGCAGUGAUUUCACUAAUUUGCUUUUCUGGAUUCCCUGUCCUAAAUUGUGUAUAAUUACAGGUAUUUGAUAGUAUUGUACUAUACAAGGCGAACUUUAAUUAAUAAAUAAAUAAAAUUAAUUUUGUAUAUAUAUUUUAUGAUUUUGGAAACUGUGUGCAGCCCAUUGAACUAUAAAUAAACUGGAAGGCUAACUGCUAUGAUGAAGGCCUAUGAUUUGAUGAAGCCAAAAUAGUUUUUCUGAGUUAUGAGCAGAAAUACUUGACCCCAAACGUUCGGCUAUAUAUCAAAAUGAAGCUAUUGAAAAUUGCUAUUCGGUGUGGAAAUUUCAAG